AUGAACGUGCUAAUGCAGCUGCCAGAUUCCACGAACAGCUGGAUUCCUGGUGGCCUUCUGCCUGGUUUUUUAGAACUACCUCCAUCGGGGAAAGCAAGGGUAGUGGAUGGCUCCCAAUUGGCGAGGACAUUGCUCGCCGUGAAAAUCUCCGAUUUUGGAUUAUCGCGAUCCCUAGGAGUUGGUGAGGAUUACUAUCGUAGUGAAUUCUCAACGUCGUUAAAGUUGCCGAUCGCCUGGUGUGCCCCUGAGUGUAUCAAUUUUCUCAAGUUCACGUCGGCAUCGGAUGUUUGGUCGUUUGGUGUGACCUUAUGGGAGAUGUUUUCGUACGGUGAAAUGCCAUGGCAAGGAAAAACCGGCGCUGAAAUUCUCAAUCUGAUCGAUCAGCAACGAAAGCAUCUCGACCGACCGACAGCUUGUCCCGAAGAUAUGUAUACAUUGAUGGAGGAAUGCUGGAAUUACGCCCCCAUUAAACGACCAACAUUUGCCCAAAUUAUGACACAAUUCCCGGAAAGGUAA